CCUCCUCCAUGUACAACAUCAACCUCGUGUAAAGACCCUCGCCCCUAUCCCUCGGCCUCAUCACCACUGUCGCCAUCAGCGGCCCGGUUGUGACGUUGCGAGCCGGUCUCCAGCACUCUCCAAGAUACGCUUGAUACCCUUCAGCCUCAGCCUCUCUCACAAUGGCGCCAUCAAUCCCAGUGCCCACCCAGGGCGGAAUGUUCCACACAUUCCAAGGGGUCACACCACGCAAGGCAUCCACAGAAUCACCAGAUAGCUCCAAGGCAAAUGGGCCAGGGACUGCCAAAAGGAUAACAACACCACAUGCCUGUGCCGAGUGCAAGCGGCGCAAGAUCCGGUGCGACGGUCAACAACCAUGCGGCCAAUGUCUUUCGAGCAGAGCACCCAAGCGGUGUUUCUAUGACAAGCACCGGCAACGGGUCAUCCCCUCGCGCAAGACACUCGAAGCCCUCUCGCAGUCACUCGAAGAAUGCCGGUCCAUCCUGAAGCGGUUAUAUCCCAACCAGGAGGUGCAGGCCCUCCUACCCCUGUCGCGGCAAGAGCUCCUCAACCUCCUGGACCGGCCGGUAAUAGACACCUCUGUCGGCGGCCUGCCGUCACCACCCAUCAACACAUCGCCCAUCUCGGACCUCGGCUCGCCAAUGAUGCCUAAAUCGGAGAACCUGCUGGAACAGCUUCCCACUAGAGACACCGAGUGGGACGAGGAACGGAGGGGGAGAGAUCCCAUCCCGGCCGAGGCCGACGACAUCAACGCGCUCUCGCUCUCGGUAGACCGGCAGGCCUCCUACCUGGGUGCGUCUUCCAUCAAGGCCGCCCUGAUGGUCAUGCUCAAGGUGCAGCCGAGCCUGAGGCACACGCUGGCGGCGCCACUGAGCGGCGUCGAGAUGUCAAACAACUUCCCUGCCGUGAGGCAAAAGGCAUCGUCGACACAAAAGGACCCGCAACGGAUUCCAUGGUCAUGGAAGGGACAGACCCUCAUCGACGCCUACUUCAAGCGCAUCCACGUCUUCGUCCCCAUGCUCGACGAGAGCACCUUCCGGGCCGACUACCUCGAGGGCCAGCGCACCGACGCUCCAUGGCUCGCCCUGCUCAACAUGGUGUUUGCCAUGGGCAGCAUCGCAGCCAUGAAAUCUGACGACUACAAUCACAUCAACUACUAUAACCGCGCCAUGGAGUACCUCCCCAUGGACGCCCUCGGCAGCAGCCAUAUCGAGACGGUCCAGGCCUUGGCCCUCAUCGGCGGCUACUAUCUUCACUACAUCAACCGGCCCAACAUGGCCAACGCCGUGCUCGGUGCCGCCAUCCGCAUGGCCUCGGCCCUGGGGCUACACCGCGAGUCCCUCACCCAGUCCAACACCGACGUCGUCGCCGCCGAGACCCGCCGCCGCACCUGGUGGGCUCUCUUCUGCCUCGACACGUGGGCCACCACCACCAUGGGCCGCCCCUCGUUCGGCCGCUGGGGUCCCGCCAUCAACAUCCGGCCUCCAGAGUUCGGCAUCAACGCCUCGCGCGACUCAUCCCAGCACGCCGGCAUCCUCCCCCUGAUCGAAAACAUCAAGUUCUGCAAGAUCGCCACGCAGAUCCAGGACAUGCUCGCCAUCACGCCGCUCCUGCGCACCGAGGACCGCCACAACCUCGACAGCCAGCUCGCCUCCUGGUACACUUCGCUGCCCUGGCUGCUGCGCACCACGGACCCGUGCGCCGAGCCGCUGUACAUGGCGCGCUGCAUCAUGAAGUGGCGGUACCAGAACCUGCGCAUGCUCCUGCACCGGCCCGUCCUCCUCUCGCUCGCCUCGUCGGGCCUCAACCCGCACACACAGGCCUGCGACGCUGACCUGGCCGCCAUCGAGACGUGCCGCGAGCUCGCCGCCCAGACCAUCGACGACAUUGCGCACGAGUGGGCGCGCAACCAGAUGAGCGGGUGGAACGCCGUCUGGUUCCUAUACCAAGCCGCCAUGGUGCCGCUCGUCUCCGUCUUUUGGCAGUGGGGGUCCCCGCGCGUGCCUGAGUGGCUCAAGCAAAUCGAGGCCGUGCUGGACCUGCUCGAGGUCAUGGAGGAGUGGUCGCUCGCCGCCCGCCGGUCGCGUGAGGUCGUCUGGCGCAUGUACGAGGCCGCCCGCCAGCUCGUCGCCCAGCAGCGCGCCAGCGCCAGCCCUACUAUCCAGGUGCUCACGGGCGCCGACGGCAUGCUCGCCAUGAGCCCCGGCGCCGCCGACGCCGCGGGCUUGCACAUGUCCCCCAUCGGCCUGGAGCCGGUCGACGGCCUGGGCAUCAUGGGCCUGCUCGACCAGGGCGGCCUGUGGGGCGAUCUGGACGGCAUGUAUUGGAGCCCGCCGCCGCACGUGAGCCUGGGGAGCCCCGUGGACGAGUCGGCCAUGGCCGCGGCGGCCGAGUUUGCGGCGUACCACAACGGCGCGGCGGCGGGCGCUGCUACUACCACGGGUCCGCACGAGGCCAUGGUUCAUGCGGUCGACUACGGCGGCCUCAUGGGCCAUCAUGCUCACCACCAUGGUCAUCAUCACGGUCACGCUCAACAUCAUCAUCAGCAGCAGCAGCAGAGCAUUGACGGGUUUGGCUACGUCCAGUAAGAGAGUGAAUUUUUUUUGGGUGAGGGUUGGGGAAAGGAAGGGGGAGGAGGAGGAGUUUCUUGGUCCCUAUCCAGUCUGAUACGUUCUACGUUACGCUGGGGCUGGCACUGGUCGAGUUUUCGCACUCUUCACUCUUCAGGUUCCGCUCGUUGGGGGUUGUGUUUUCCGCGCACUCCCCCGAGCCUCCAUGGUUUUCUUUACUCGAUGCAACCUACGUUGUCUAUCCUGCCUACCUAGCUAGUC